GCCACACCAAAGGUGGCGGGCCAUGAUGUAAUGACCCAAGCUCUCUUAGGCCCUCCCCUUUUAAGACUUCCCUCCCUCCACUUUCCUUCCCAUUUUCUCCGUUAACAUUUCAAACUUCCAUCAAACCUGCCCAAAAUGCCUUUCACCGCUUCUGACAUUUGCAAAAUUAUCUUUGCCAUUAUCCUGCCUCCUCUGGGUGUCUUCCUGGAGCGCGGAUGUGGUGCUGAUUUCCUGAUCAACAUCUUAUUGACCAUUCUGGGAUGGAUCCCCGGUGUCAUUCACGCCAUCUACAUUAUCUUCAAAUACUAGAGAUACCCACCUCCCACACAUCCUCGCAACCAACGCUUUCCAAGACUAAUAUCCCUUGGGAAGUGAGCACCGCGACCAAUUUCAGUUCAACCCUUACUCUUGCCUUGCGUUUUGAGUAAGGGUCUGCG